AAAAGCAGAGGAGACAUCCGACCUUGCGACAGAAGAAGAAGGGUCGCAGAAAAGAAAGAGAAAACCACCUCGGCACAUCUUGUCAUCAUCCGAGGAUGAGCAAGAAAGUGAACCAGUUGCGCAACAUGGACAUGGCAACCCACAAGCAUCGAUUUCUACAUUCAUUCCGACUCCUGCGCCUCCAAAAAUGCCUGUCCCUCAGAAUCAGCAGCCCCCUUCGUCCAGUUCUGCGGAUGUUCCGGGAGCUAAACGUAAGCGAACAGGAUUCCAGGCAGAGGUGCUUCGACUGCUUGGAGGCAUUGCGGCGCAGCUCCAGAGCCAAGCUAAAAUAUUGAGACAGCUGGAGGCACAACGUCAUGAGCCCAAGAAACCAACUACGAUCCCUGCGGUCCUCCACCUUCUGCCACUCUCAUCUCAUGAGGACGUUGCACAGUUGGAGACACUUCUGCAGGAGGAUGAGAACAAAGAAGCCCUUAUUGCUCACCUCGCGCUCAUUGGAGGUUCGUCGGUGCAAGAUGUCACGCGCUCUGUAAUGAAACGGUGCAUGCUAGAUGCUCUUGCAAAGAACUACUGCAUGACUGGAAGAAAGGGGAAACUACGUAUGGAGCACCUCCAGCUUGUUUGUGUGGUGACAGGGGCAGUACACAGAUGUUUUGAGCAAAAGAAGAAAAAUGGUGAGGAAGCCAUUGUAGUUCAGAAAAACACAACGCUGAAAGCCAUUGCUGAUUGGCUGAGAUAUGCAGCGGCCCGCGUUAAGAAAACGGAGGGCGCUGCCUCUGCCUAGAGGUGACAUUGUAGAAAGAGGCAAGCACUUUUUUUUACAAUAUUAUGUUUAUAGUCAGCUUCUUUCGCUCUGACUUUCCCUUUUAUAACUACUUUCCAGGCAUUGAGUGACCUUUGAUGUGGAAAUUAUGUUCCUUAAUAUGUCAGUUUGUUUUUCUGACCUUGACUGCACUUUAGAAACAGUACUGAGAAAAGUGAGUGUUUAUCUCGUUAAUGUCAUUACCAAGUAACAUGAAGCCUGCCAUGUGCACAGCUUUUUUUAGGUGGCUAGGGGGUGGGGACCCAUGUAAUUUAUUGAUCACAAUAAUUAUGACGUUUAUGUUAUUGACAGAGGACAAGCAGGACAUUUGCCUGUCUCAUUGAGGUUUCCGAAAAU